AUGGAUGACUACGAGAAGGACCCAGGAUGGCAGUAUUUGCGGCUCAGCAAAGAGCAACUGCUCAAGGAGCAUUCCCGCCCCUAUGAUUCCAAAAAGAAUGUCUGGGUGCCUGAUCCAGAGGAAGGUUAUGUUGCAGCUGACAUAAAGUCAGCGAAGGGGGACAACGUUAUAGUCGUGAUCGGAGACAAAGAGAAAACUUUCAAAAAGGACCUUCUACAAGAGAUGAAUCCGCCGAAAUUCGAGAAAACCGAGGAUAUGUCGAAUCUUACCUUCUUGAACGACGCUUCCGUGCUCCACAAUCUACGAUCUCGUUACGCAGCUAUGCUCAUCUAUACAUACUCCGGUCUCUUUUGUGUGGUUAUCAAUCCAUACAAGCGACUUCCGAUCUAUACCGAGUCUGUAGCUACAAUGUUCAUGGGAAAGAGAAGGACUGAAAUGCCUCCUCAUCUCUUCGCUGUCUCCGAUGAAGCGUACAGAAACAUGCUCAUGGACCACGAAAACCAAUCCAUGUUGAUUACAGGAGAAUCGGGAGCUGGAAAAACAGAAAACACCAAGAAAGUAAUUGCCUACUUCGCUACUGUUGGAGCUAGCCAGCAAGGAGCGGUGGCUGUUACGGAUGGGAAGAAGAAAGUGACUCUUGAGGAUCAAAUUGUACAGACUAAUCCAGUGCUGGAAGCAUUUGGUAACGCGAAAACAGUCCGAAACAACAACUCGUCCCGUUUUGGAAAGUUCAUUCGAAUCCACUUCUCCAAGCUGGGGAAGGUCGCUUCUUGCGACAUCGAGCAUUACCUUCUUGAAAAAUCUCGAGUCAUCCGUCAAGCUCCGGGAGAACGUUGCUACCAUAUUUUCUACCAGAUUUUCUCGGACUACAAGCCAGAAUUGAAGCAGAAACUUUUGCUUGACAAACCUCUCAAUGAGUACUACUUUGUCGCCCAAGCCGAGCUUACAAUCGACGGCGUCAACGACACAGAAGAAUUCCAGUUGACUGACGAAGCUUUUGAUAUUCUCAAUUUCUCUGAACAGGAAAAAAUGGAUUGCUAUCGUCUUAUGGCCGGACAUAUGCAUAUGGGGGCAAUGAAGUUCAAGCAACGACCACGUGAAGAACAAGCUGAACCUGACGGUCAAGAGGAUGCUGAAAAAGCAUGUGCCAUGUACGGAGUAGACGUCGAUCAAUUUUUGAAAGCUCUCGUUUCGCCAAGAGUGAAAGUCGGGACUGAGUGGGUGUCAAAAGGUCAAAACGUUGAGCAAGUGAAUUGGGCAGUUGGCGCCAUGGCUAAAGGCCUUUACGCCCGAGUAUUCCACUGGCUCGUGAAGAAAUGUAAUCUGACACUCGAUCAGCAGGGAACUCCACGCGACUACUUCAUUGGUGUGUUGGAUAUUGCAGGAUUUGAAAUUUUCGAUUUCAAUUCCUUCGAACAGCUGUGGAUUAACUUCGUAAACGAGAAGCUACAACAAUUUUUCAAUCACCACAUGUUCGUGUUAGAACAGGAGGAGUAUGCUCGCGAAGGUAUCCAGUGGACUUUCAUCGAUUUCGGUCUCGAUCUUCAGGCUUGCAUUGAGCUGAUUGAGAAGCCCCUUGGUAUCAUUUCCAUGCUUGACGAGGAGUGUAUUGUCCCGAAGGCCACCGACAUGACACUCGCACAGAAGCUGAACGAGCAACAUCUUGGCAAACACCCGAACUUCGAAAAACCGAAGCCACCGAAGGGAAAACAAGCGGAAGCACACUUUGCCAUGCGCCACUACGCUGGAACUGUGCGAUAUAAUGUGACGAACUGGCUGGAGAAGAAUAAGGAUCCUCUAAACGACACUGUUGUCUCGGUCAUGAAGGCAUCGAAAGGCAACGAGUUAUUGAACGAAGUCUGGAGGGACUACGUGACGCAAGAGGAGGCCGCCAAUGCCGCUAAAUCUGGUGGAGGUGGUGCCAAGAGAGGAAAAUCUGGGUCCUUCAUGACUGUGUCCAUGAUGUACCGAGAAUCACUAAACAAUCUCAUGAAUAUGUUGCACAAGACCCACCCUCAUUUCAUCCGUUGCAUUAUUCCCAACGAGAAGAAGAAGUCAGGUCUCAUCGACGCCUCCUUAGUGCUUAACCAACUGACCUGUAACGGUGUACUGGAAGGAAUCCGUAUUUGCCGUAAAGGUUUUCCGAACAGAACUCUUCAUCCAGACUUCGUACAGCGAUACGCUCUUCUAGCAGCCAAAGAAGCUAAAGGAACGGACGACCCAAAAACAAAUGCGGAAGCGAUUAUGCAGGCUCUUGUCAACAAAAAGCAGCUUAACGAGGAGCAGUUCCGUAUCGGGCACACAAAGGUAUUCUUCAAAGCCGGAGUUGUAGCCCACAUCGAGGACCUUCGUGACGCAAAGCUCAACGCCCUAAUUUCUGGGUUCCAAGCCUGCAUCCGUCAGUACAACGCAAUUAUUGAGCGAGCAGAUCGCCAGAAACAACUAAAUGCCUACAUAGUUUUGCAACGAAAUAUCCGUUCAUGGUGUAUUUUGAGAACUUGGGAUUGGUUCUUGCUGUUCGGCAAGCUUCGUCCACAACUUAAGAGUGGAAAAAUGGCUGAAGAGCUGGCUAAGAUGACCGAAGAGCAGAAGAAUCUUGAAGCUGCUUCUGCUAAAGCUGAGAAUGAAAGAAAGGCCAAGGAGGAGAUGCUGAACAAGCUCAAUGCUGACAAGAACAAGCUUCUCGAACAACUUGAGAUGACCAAAGGAGGAUCUGCUUCAAUUGAAGAAAAGCUAAACAAACUGAAUAACGCCAAGCAGGAACUUGAGAAGAGUUUGAAUGAUGUUAACGAUAAACUAUCGGAACAGGAGGAGAGGAACGCUGAGUUAGAGCGACAGAAACGUAAGGCCCAGCAGGAAAUCGAAAACAUGAAGAAGAACAUGGAGGGCGUAGACGGUAAUUUGUUGAAGUCCAUUGAGGAGAAAGAGGCCAAGGAAAACCAAAUAAGAUCUCUUCAAGAUGAGAUCAAUGCACAAGAUGAAACCAUCGCGAAGCUUAACAAAGAAAAGAAACAUCAGGAGGAGGUCAACCGUCAACUUGUGGAUGAUCUACAGGCCGAGGAGGCGAAACAAGCGCAAGCCGCUCGCCUAAAACAGAAACUUGAGCAGACCUUAGACGAGUUGGAGGAGUCUAUAGAGAGGGAGCGCCGGAUCAGAGCUGAAACUGAGAAAGCCAAAAGAAAAACCGAGGGAGAACUGAAGGCUGCUCAAGAGAACAUUGACGAAAUAACGAAACUGAAGCAAGAAGCAGACAUCAAUUUGAAGAAGAAAGAAGCCGAUCUUCACGCUCUAGGAGUAAGAAUUGAAGAUGAGCAAGCAAUGGGUAACAGACUCACGCGCCAAUCUAAGGAAAAUGCUGUUCGCAUCAUAGAAAUAGAGGAUGAACUGGAGCAUGAAAGACAGUCGCGAGCCAAAGCUGAUCGAGCUCGUUCUGAGCUACAACGUGAGCUGGACGAACUAAAUGAGCGUCUAGAUGAGCAGAACAACCAGAUGCAAGCACAACAAGAACUGAACAAAAAGAAAGAUGCGGAAAUCCUCAAGUGUCGUCGUGACCUUGAAGAUCUAAACAUGUCUCAUGAAGACCAAUUGGCUGCCCUUCGCAAAAAGAACAAUGACCAGGUUGCUCAACUGACAAGUCAGCUUGACGGUCUGCAAAAAGGAAAGGCCAAAAUUGACAAAGACAAGGCCACACUGCAGAAGGAGCUUGACGACAUCAACGCGCAGGUCGAUCAGGAAUCGAAAGCACGCGUGGAGCAAGAGCGGCUGGCGAAGCAGUACGAAGUCCAAGUUGCCGAGCUCCAACAAAAAGUCGACGAGCAGACAAGACAAAUUUCAGAGUUCACCUCGUCUAAGGUACGCCUUGUUAACGACAACAGCGAUCUGCUUCAUCAAAUGGAGGAGCUGGAAGUUCAGCUGAACAAUGUGAAUCGUGCCAAGGCAGGGUUCUCCAGCCAACUAACCGAGGCGAAGAAAGCUGCCGAGGAUGAAACUCGUGAACGUCAUGACCUCAAUGCCACCUGCAAAAAUCUUGAACAUGAAAUCGAACAGUGCCGUGAGAUGUUGGAAGAGGAGAUCAACUCUAAAGAUGAUCUACAACGCCAACUGAGCCGUAUAAAUUCAGAGAUCUCACAAUGGAAAGCAAGGUACGAAGGAGAAGGUCUUGUUGGAGCCGAUGAGUUAGAGGAUCUCAAGAGGAAACAGAUGGCACGUGUGAUGGACCUGCAAGAAGCAAUUUCUGCAGCUCAAAAUAAGGUGAACUCUCUUGAGAAGGCAAAGACGAAAUUAAUGCAAGAAACUGAGGAAGCUCGAUCGGAUGUGGAUCGUCACCUUACAGUCAUUGUUUCCUUGGAAAAGAAACAGAAAGCAUUCGACAAGAUCGUGGACGAAUGGAAACAAAAAGUGGAGGGCAUCCAAAAAGAAAUCGAUGCAACGAAUCGUGAUUCCAGGAACACGAGCACGGAGGUGUUUAAGGUGAAAUCUGCAAUGGAGAAUCUUAGCGAACAAUGCGAAACCUUGCGACGUGAAAACAAGAACUAUGCUCAAGAGAUCCGUGAUCUCAACGAACAAAUUACACAAGGUGGUAGAACAUUCCAUGAUCUACAAAAAGCUGUGAAAAGGAUGGAAAUAGAAAAAGACGAGCUGCAGCAUGCCCUUGAUGAAGCUGAAGCCGCUCUGGAAGCUGAGGAAAGCAAGGUUCUCCGAUCCCAAAUUGAGGUUCAGCAAAUUCGAUCUGAUGUCGAAAAACGCAUUCAGGAAAAAGAGGACGAGUUUGAAAACACGCGGAGAAACCAUCAACGAGCGCUAGAAUCGAUUCAGGCAUCAUUGGAGACCGAGGCAAAGAGCAAAGCUGAACUUCUACGCGCCAAAAAGAAAUUGGAGAGUGAUAUCAACCAGCUUGAGAUCGCUCUUGAUCAUGCCAACAAGGCCAACGUUGACGCGCAGAAGACUUUGAAACGUCUAUUCGAUCAGGUGAAAGAACUACAAGGACAAGUCGACGAAGAGCAGCGACGUCGCGAGGAAAUCCGCGAGAACUAUCUGGCGACUGAAAAGAGACUGGCCAUCGCACUUGCGGAAUCUGAGGAGAUUCUUCAACGAAUCGACGCAGCUGAAAAGAACAAGAAGCAGUUAGAACUGGACCAGGCAGAUCUGAAAUCGCAGAACACGGAACUUAUUUCGAGCAAUUCUGCUUUGAGUGCUAUGAAGCGAAAGAUCGAAAGCGAUGUUCAAGUUGCAAGAAAUGAACUCGACGAGUGUCUUAAUGAAUUGAAAGCCUCUGAAGAGCGUGCUCGCAAGGCUGCUGCCGAUGCUGAUCGUCUGGCUGAGGAGGUUCGACAAGAACAAGAGCAUGCUGCUCAUGUGGAUCGCCAUAGGAAGGGUCUAGAGCUCGCCUACAAGGAACUUCAGUCGAAGAUCGAAGACUCAGAAAAGGCUAUGCUGCAGUUUGGACAGAAGGCCCUCGCAAAAGUCGAGGAAAGAGUGCGAUCGCUUGAAAAUGACUACCAAGCCGAAACUCGUCGCCACCAAGAAGCUAUCAAGGGUGUUACUAAACAAGAACGGCGCGCAAGAGAGCUUCAAUUCCAGGUCGAGGAGGACAAGAAGAUGUUCGACAGACUACAGGAGAUGGUGGAGAAGCUACAGCAGAAGAUUAGGGUACAAAAACGGCAAAUCGAGGAGGCGGAGGAGGUCGCUACGCAGAACCUGUCCAAGUUCCGUCAAAUCCAACUUGCCUUGGAGAAUGCGGAGGAGCGCGCUGACGUGGCUGAAAACAGUCUCGUCCGUAUGCGUAGCCAGAAGCGAGUCCAGGAAUAA